AUGGGGCGGGGGCUGGCCAAGCUCAGAUCCUGGGCCACCGCUCAACUCACUGCUGCCCUGGGCAGCCUCGUGGCCCUGCGCCCCGUGGGGUGGGGUGGGGCUGCUGGGCCCCCGGGGAUGAGCUUCCGGGCCGUCGCCACGCUGUCCCCCAGAGCGGAUCUGCGCUGGCCGUUUUUGGACACACAGAGCAGAGAGGAGGCCCCGGCCCACCCUGCUCCUGCUGGAACGUUCCGGAAGGGCUCUGUGCCAGCAGGGGUUAGGUCCCCGUGUCCCCACGGCACUCUUGCACGUGGUGCCGCACCACGCCCCUCCUCACCUGGAGGUCCUUCCGCACCGGCCGGGGGGAGCUUGGCCACGCUGCCGUGCCCGCAGGCAGUCCUUGGGCUUGCCGUGGGUUGGGGAGGGGUUUCCUUUUCCAAACUGGACGUGUUUCAAGCUCCCAGAGAGCCCACCGGCCCAGGCCUCAUCUGCCCCCGGCGGCACCCCGGUUUCUCUGCACCCCACGCCCAGUCCAGGCCUCAUCUGCCCCCGGCGGCACCCAGGUUUCUCUGCACCCCACGCCCAGUCCAGGCCUCAUCUGCCCCCGGCGGCACCCAGGUUUCUCUGCACCCCACGCCCAGUCCAGGCCUCAUCUGCCCCCGGCGGCACCCCGGUUUCUCUGCACCCCACGCCCAGUCCAGGCCUCAUCUGCCCCCGGCGGCACCCAGGUUUCUCUGCACCCCACGCCCAGUCCAGGCCUCAUCUGCCCCCGGCGGCACCCAGGUUUCUCUGCACCCCACGCCCAGUCCAGGCCUCAUCUGCCCCCGGCGGCACCCAGGUUUCUCUGCACCCCACGCCCAGUCCAGGCCUCAUCUGCCCCCGGCGGCACCCAGGUUUCUCUGCACCCCACGCCCAGUCCAGGCCUCAUCUGCCCCCGGCGGCACCCAGGUUUCUCUGUACCCCACGCCCAGUCCAGGCCUCAUCUGCCCCCAGCGGCACCCAGGUUUCUCUGCACCCCACACCCAGUCCGCUCUGCUGGCAGCAGGCAGUCGGGGUUCCAGGCUGUCCCUCUUGUUGCCAGUGCCUCCCGGCUGCCCUUGUUACCAAGCUGACCCCAGCGUGGCUCCAGGCCCGUCUGGUCCCCCUGCUCGGGUGCAGCCUGCCCGGCUGACCUAAGCCAGAGUUACAGAGACGAAGAGAGACAGAAGCUAUCCACUGGUUCACUUCCUGGAUAGCUGUAAC